AUGAGAAGAGACUUGAAUGAGUUGAAAGGUUUGAGAUCUGAUGUGAAUAGGAUGAUGGAAUAUAUGAUGGGUAAUGAAAGGGAAAGCAGAAAUAGGAGAGAAGAAGUAGGAGUGGAUGUGGGAGAUGGAGGUAGAGUUGGAAGGGGAAUUCAGGUAGAACCUAGGAUGGAGGAGCAAGAAGAGUUGAAUUGGUAUGAUGAUGAGUUUGAGGAAGUGUUUGAGUAUGGUAACCAUCACUUUGAUGGUAGGAGGUUUUGGCCACCAAGGAGGAGAGGUGUUAGAGGUAGGAGAGGAGGAAGACAACUUAGAUUUGAUAACUAUGGUGAGAGAGAGAUGCACCAUGAGAGGGUUGAUGCCAAUGUGGGAAGCAUAAAGAUGAAGAUACCUCCUUUUCAUGGUAAGGAGGAUGCCAAAGCUUAUAUUGAAUGGGAGAGGCAAAUUGAAAUGAUUUUUGAGUGCCAUAAUUGUAGUGAGGAGAAGAAAGUUAAGUUGGCAGCAGUUGAGUUCAAGGAUUUUGCAUUGGGUUGGUGGGAUCAAUUACUUGCAAGGAGGAGAAGACAUGGCUUGAGGGGUGUUACUACUUGGGCCGAAAUGAGGGAGAUCUUGAGGGAAUGGGCUGAAGUAAAGGAGGAUGAAGAGGCCACCAUGGUUCGAUUGUUAAAUGGGUUGAAUCCCUACAUUGCUUACAUGGUUGACUUGCAAAAUUAUAGAAAAGUAAAGCAAAUGAUGCAAGUAGCCAUCAAAAUAGAAAAGGAGAUGAAGAGAAAGUGGGCUGCCAAAAAUAAAUGGAACACUCAAUCAUCAUACAAUUCGGCUUCCAAUGCACCAUGGAAACCGAAUUGGAGUGGAACACCUAAAGUGGAAAAAGAUGCUCCAAAAGUGAAGAAGGAGGAGUGGAAAGGAAGAAGGAAGAUGAAAGGAAAAGUAAAAGAGAAAAAUAAGAAGGUGGAAAAUAGAGCAAGGGAUGUGAAGUGGUUCAAGUGUUUGGGAAGGAGGCAUUAUUCCAAUGAGUGUCCAAACAGGAGAGUAAAGUUUAUUAGAGAAGAUAGAGAAUGGGAGAGUGGUGAAGAAAAGACCGAAGAGAGUACUAGUGAUGAUAGUGAUGAUGGGUAUCUUAAUAAGGGAGAGCAAGCUCCCGUGGAUGGUAAUGUCCUUGUCACAAUGCGCACCUUGAGUGCACAAGUCAGUUUGGGUGAUGGAGAUGAGGUGCAAAGUGACAAUAUUUUCCAUACUAGAUGUUUGGUGAAUGAGAAACUAUGUAGUGUGAUUAUGGAUAGUGGUAGUUACUAUAAUGUUGCUAGUAGCUUAUUCGUUGUAGUGCCUUUUAGCAUUGGGAGGUACCAUGAUGAGGUAGUUUGUGAUGUGGUGCCUAUGGUAGCUACCCAUUUAUUAUUGGGCUGUCUAUGGCAAUUUGAUAGAAAUGUGGUUCAUGAUGGGAAAAAUAACAAGUAUACAGUUUUGAAAGAUGGUCGAACCUACACCUUGCUUCCUUUGUCACUAUCUCAAGUGCAUGAAGAACAAGUGAGGAUCUUAAAAUUAGUUGAGGAAAAGAAAGAUUGGAGAGAAAAUUUGAGCGAGGCCGAGCUUGAUGAGAGGAAAAAUGAGAGGAGAGUGAGAGCAAAAGAAGAAUUUGAGGAUGUGUUUCCAGAUGAUCUUCCUUUGGGUUUGCCACUAAUUGAGGAGAUAGAACACCAAAUUGACCUCAUUUUGGGUGCUCCAAUUCCAAACAGACCAGCAUAUAAGAGUAAUCCUAAGGAGACAAAAGAACUACAAAGGCAAGUGGGGGAACUUUUAGCAAAGGGCUAUGAGCGUGAAAAUAGAGUUAUCUUUCUUGGUUAUGUUGUGAGUAGCAGAGGUGUGGAAGUAGAUGAGCAAAAGGUCAUAGCCAUUAGGGAUUGGCCAACUCCUAAAAAUGCAUCUGAAGUUAGGAGUUUUCAUGGAUUGGCUAGUUCCUAUAGGAGAUUUAUGCCUAAUUUUAGUACUAUUGCUGCUCCUUUCAAUGAACUUGUGAAAAAGGAUGUUGUGUUUGAAUGGAAAAAGAAGCCUGAAAAUGCAUUUGCUGAAUUGAAAGAAAAAUUAAGCACUACACCAUUGUUGAGCUUACCUGAUUUUGAUAAAAUGUUUGAAAUUGAAUGUGAUGCUAGUGGUGUAAGUACAGGUGCAGUUCUGAUGCAUGAGAAAUGCCCUAUUGCAUAUUUUAGUGAGAAAUUGAAUGGUGCUGCCUUAAAUUACUCUACUUAUGACAAAGAAAUGUAUGCACUUGUUAGGGCCUUGGAAACUUGGCAACAUUAUUUGUGGCCUAAAGAGUUUGUCAUACAUUCUGAUCUUGAAUCAUUGAAGCAUCUUAAGAAUCAAAAUAAGUUGAGUAAAAGGCAUGCUAAAUGGAUUACUUUUGUUUAUUCAUUUCCAUAG